AUGAAGUCCUUCAUCGCAACCUCCGCAGCGCUGCUUUCUGCCACGGGCGCCCUCGCCCAGACGUACCAGCAAUCCGCUCCCUUCGAGCUCAUCGUCCAGCAGCCACCGAACGGCAAAUACAACAACCAGGGCCUCGCUGCCUGCCACGAGGGUGCCGCCAUUGAGGCUCUCUGCGUUGGCUACGGCUCCGACCAAUACCAACUGAACACCACCUCUGGCCAGACUGUAGCUCCAGAUGCCGGCACUCCCGGGACUCUGACCUACGCUCUGCCAGCUCAAAAUGCAAAUGGCCCCAUUAACGGUAAGUCUAGCUGCAGAGAGAAAUGCUGAAAAAAUUAACACAACAUCUCACAUCUCAUCUCCACUACAGUCUCCGAGGCCAUGUCGUUCUACUACGACCCCUCCACAAACGUGGCCCUCCCCCUCUUCGAACCAUCCUACACCAACGUCCACGUGGCUUUCGAUCGCCAGGCGCGCAUGAACAUCCAAUCCUCCGUCGACGACACCGUCACCCCACCCAAGUAUACCCAACCCCGCGCGCUCUACCGCUGGUUCGUGUGCGAGACCUACUACAGCGGGUACACCUACACCGCUCUCACGUGGGCCCUCGGGAACGCCAAGCCGGAGAACCCCAGCUGCCAGAGCGUCAACGUUGUGCGCAAGUUUGUCUAG